CAGGCUGAUCUAACAAGAAUACAAAUGCACUUUCCCGCUUGCUCCUACAAUCACCGAGCUCCAUGAGGGAAGUUCCUUUUGGCAACACUAUUCCACUAUUAGGAAUGGUUGAUGAUAGCUCGCGUCAACAUUUGUCUGCCUCUAUAUCAACCAUGGAGGCAGCUCCAGCAUGAGGUGCUGAACUUUGAUGCAGAGAUGGUUUUCUGGAGCUGUUUAUUCUUUCUCUGGCUAAGAGUGUCAUCUGCUAAUGCUGGGGAAUGGAGUGCUAAAAUGCCAGAAUCAGUGGUGGGUUUGUCUGGAUCAUGUGUGCUGAUUCCCUGUACGUUCAGCUACCCUGCAAAUGGAAAAACAUACACAGAAUUUACAGGGAUUUGGUACCAUGAAUAUUCAACAGUGGUAUACCAUACGGAUACUUCAAAAAUCAUCGACUCGUUCAAAGGUCGCACUAGUCUCAUUGGUGAUUUGCACCAAAAUAACUGUUCUUUGAAUAUCAGCUCUUUGAGCAACAGUGACGCUGGGUCAUUCGUGUUCCGGAUUGAGAUUAAAGAUCUGAACAAGUACUCCUAUGGUGAGAAAGUAUCAAUAUCUGUGAAAGAAACACCAGAGAAUCCUACCGUCUCUGUGGAAGAAGAAGUGACAUCAGGGAAACCGGUGAAUGCUACCUGUGCCGUGUCUCAUUCCUGUCCAUCAGACCUGCCUCGUGUCACCUGGAGCCAUGGUGGCAAACAAUCGAGUACAUCACAGCCACAGAAUCAUGGUCAAUGGAAGCUUACAUAUUACAGCCUGACCUUCACUCCUUCUAGAGAAGACCACAACAAACUUCUCAUCUGCUCUGCAGAGUUUAACGGGAAGAAUGUGACAGGACACAAAACACUCAAAGUUAAAUAUCCUCCAUAUAAUGUAAGUGUGGUCACUAAACCCUCAGUGAAGGAGAAUGACUCUGUGGAACUGUCCUGCUCCAGUGACAGCAAUCCUCCUGCGAACAGCUACCAGUGGUUCAGCUUGAAUGGGACGAUGUUAGCAAAGAGCCCUACUUACAAACUGGAGAGAGUGUCUCGACAUACUGAGGCCAUUUCCUGUACAGCCUUUAACACAGAGGGAAAAAACUGUUCUGGUCCUCAGAAAAUGAAUGUCCUGUAUCCUCCAUAUAAUGUAAGCGUGGUCACUAAACACUCAGUGAAGGAGAAUGACUCUGUGGAACUGUCCUGCUCCAGUGACAGCAAUCCUCCUGCGAACAGCUACCAGUGGUUCAGCUUGAAUGGGACGAUGUUAGCAAAGAGCCCUACUUACAAACUGGAGAGAGUGUCUCGACAUACUGAGGCCAUUUCCUGUACAGCCUUUAACACAGAGGGAAAAAACAGUUCUGGUCCUCGGAAACUUAAUAUAUUGUAUCCUCCUGAGAUUAAAAGUGAAUCUUCUUGCAUGUCUAAGAUUUUGACGGUUUGUGUCUGUAUUGUGGACUCCAACCCUCCCAGUGAAGUCAAGUGGUUUGGUCCAGAUUCCUCGAAAUCCUUCUCCAGCACCAGCAUUAAACAAAAUGAGUCUCUUACCAUAUUUACCUUACAGGGUUGGCUGGGUUUCCCUGAGACUAUCCUGUGCUUUGCCAAUAACAGUCUGGGAAGCUCUUCCUUAACUUUGGAAGCUCCUCAAAAUGGCUUAAUAUACAUUGUUGUUGCAUCAGCAUUUGCAGUUGUGUUAGUCUGUAUUCUUAUGUGUGUUGUGAGAAGACACUGUAGGAACAGAGCUGUGCAACAAACUGUAAUGAAGAAUAAACAGACUCAAAUGAAGACAACCCAACACAAGUUGGAUUUAGAAAACAGUAAAGAAGAAGAGCGCAGUGAUGGAGGCUUUUACACAAACAGUCAUGUUUAUGUCAACUCGGUGGGUGAUAAGAGACUAUUGUCAUCUGACAGAGCCUUGGAAGAUGAAGUGGUCUACGCUAACACAUGAAGAAAAGGGCACGUGACAUCCUGCUAGAAAUGAUGGAUACAGAGAAGGAACAAAGAGGAAAACAAAUGUUUGACUAAUUUAGAUCUUAUUAUUCACUGAAGAUGUUCAGAGGAAAAAAAUGUCUUGCAACUGAAAACAAAAGUACUGUGUAUGAAUAUCAACUCUUUUUACAUUUAAUGUAUAAAGACAAAGUGUGUUUAUAUAUUAUGUAUAGAAUAAUUGAGUUUAAAUAUCAUUCUAAGUCAUAAAAUAGAAAAGAUCUAAGUAUCAUGGUAAAAUAUGUUGUAAAUAUGACCAGAGGUGGACUUAGUAACUGUUCGCGCGCGCUCUCUCUCUCUCUGUCUCUCUCUCUCUCAUUGUUGUUGUUCUAAAGACAUAUAGUAUUACUUUGAUUUUUGGAUAACAAAAAACUAAAUAAAUACAUAUAUAAUGUGUCCUUUUAAUGGCAGUAAAUUGUGGCAAAUGACAAUCUUUUAAAUUAAUGAUUCAGCCACGUCAUUCCAUGUGUUUUGAGGGCAUGUGGUAGGGUUUGCCAUGAAACAAUCCGCAAAUGUAAUCCAUUAUUUUAUGAACAUUUUCUGCCAGUGCAUUCCUGUAGUCUACCUUCAUGCAAGUGCGCUGUUGUGACUAUAAUGGGUAGAGUUACGGCUGCAAAAUAACACUAAAUUAGAUUUGCCACCUAUUAGAUUGUGUCUUAUUACACAUAACCCAACCAUAGCCUUACAAUAAUGCAAAUACAGUAAAUAACUGUUGUUCAUAAUGACAAACAUUACGCAGUAUUGAUGUGUGCGUGCCUUGGUCGUAGCUGUAUGCAGUUAGUGUCAAAGCAAAUCAUUUUGAGAAAUCAACACAGGCCCUAUAAACCUUCAAAGUAUGUGUAUAUACUCAAUUAAACACCAGCCUGACCAAUGGUGUACCAACAGUUCCGCAAUGAAAAAACUGGGUGUGCUUCUGAUAUGUGACUUUGACAUACCAUAUCUUUACACCAUCAUCUGCAAGUUACGGGAGUGAAGCCUGCAUUAUUUAUAUUCGCUUGUUAAGUCUGACAUCACAUAGC